AUGUGCCACUUUCAGGUCUCCUCACACUGCUGGUGGGUUCCAUUUUGUCAUAGGGUGCUGGCAGAUUACGGGCCUCCCAUUGCUGCUGCCAGGCCCGUAAUCUGCCAUGGGCCCCCGUACCGACUCCUCAUGCUGCUGCCAGGCCCAGUGUGUGUCAUGGGUCCCUGUACGGCCUCCCAUUGCUGCUGUCUCCAUCGCCACACUCUGCCAUGUGCCACUUUCAGGUCUCCUCACACUGCUGGUGGGUUCCAUUUUGUCAUAGGGUGCUGGCAGAUUACGGGCCUCCCAUUGCUGCUGCCAGGCCCGUAAUCUGCCAUGGGCCCCCGUACCGACUCCUCA